CCUGCCUCCGCCCGUCGAGCAGUGCCGCGCGGGCACUUCUCUAGGGAAACGCUCGCUGCACAGGUUAUGCUGUUAAAGCACCGGCGCUAAAACGGGUGAGUGCCCGCAUUCAAUACUACACUUUUGGUUCAGAAGCGACGUUGAGUGAGCCGUUGAUGAAAAAUCACAACGAUAGCUCGAGUAACACAAGUAGUGAUAGCGAAUCCGAUUUCGAAUUGGGGUUAUCAAGUUCGAGGUUAUUGAGGUCUAGGUUAUUAAAAACUAAGUUAGUGAGGUCGAGGUUGGAAGUCUCAGGGUUUAUAAGGUCAACAUCUUCCGUCAUGGGGUCAUUACAGACGGAGCCUUUUAUCCCGAGCUUGUUGCAGAUUAAGCCAAUCGUCCCGAGGUUAUUGAAGAGGAAAACGAAAAGCUUUCCAUGGUUAUUGAAGCCGGAGCCAUACAUCCCGGGGAUAAUUAAGAUGAAAUUAGCAUUAAAGAGAGUUUGCCCGAAUUCAUCAGCACAAUUGGUAGAGUCAAUACGACCCCAAUCGUUAAAGUCGAGGACGCCAAAAAUAAAACAGCGUUACAGAGAACUAUUCGGCUCAUCAUCGUCGAUGUCAUCGAUUUCUCGAUCGAGAUCUCAGUCACCGGUGUCACGACAGUUAACACUGCCCGCGCAGGAACCGCCCGUUUCCCAAAGUAGUUCGCCUGAACCUGGAGAACGAACGCCAGAGCGUUAUCUUAUAAGUAGUGAAGUAUCGCCUUACCCACGAAAGCGAACUCUAUUAACUCGAAAGCAAAUAAUGACGAAACGGAAGUUAAUGAAGCUUUUGGAAAUAGAAAAACUAACUAAAAAACUUUCGGCUCAGUCCCAAAGGCCUAUUUCUCCGAUGCGUUCGCCAGCUUCUCGUGAGCGUUCUCCCUCAUUAAGGCGUUCACUACCCUCUCGGGAAAAUUCGCUAUCCUCAGGAGACCGAGUAUCCGCUUUGAAUAGUACCCGUUCACAGAAGCGUUCAUUGUCCUAUCCUGAGAUCCAAACCCCACAGAAGAUUUUGCCCUCAUCUACAGAGAGUUUGCUCUCUUCACGAAAUCAUUCGCCACAUACUCGGCAGAGUUCUCUGUCUCCACCGAAGCACACACCACCUUCUCGUGAUACUUCGCCAUCUCGACAGCGUUCGCCGUCCACUCAGGAUCAUCUGCCCUCACGAAAUCGCUCACUAUCUUCACGAGAUCGUACACUACCAUUUAAAAAGCGAACGAUAUCCACUCAAGAAAAUUCGACUUCGUCUCGAAAGCGGUCCCUAUCCUCUCGAGAUCGCUCACCAUCUUCUCAAGAUCGAUCAUUAUCCUCUCGAAAGCGGUCAGUGUCCUCUCGCGAUCGUUUACUAUCCAAUGAGGAUCAUCCUCAAACCUUGAGGGGUUCGGUAUCCUCCCGGAAACGUGUGUUAUCCUCUAGAGAUCAUUCACCAUCUUCUGAAGGCUCGUCACCGCCUUCACGCAAGCGAUCUCCGGUUCCAAAGUAUUCUAAUGAAGGUCAAAUACUGUCGUCGGUUGCAAAUAUACGAUCAGUUUCGCCCGAAAAUACUUUAGUGUCCCCAGUUAUCCGUCCUCAAUCAGCGGACUCUCAAGCACGAUUGGCACGAAAUCGAUCACCACAGUUACAUACUAGAUCAUCUUUAAGUCCUACACAGAGAUUUUCGUUGAACCCAAAGAAGGCUGAAUCGCGACGGCUUUCAGCACCAACGCUAACGCCAGCCUCACCAAGUUGUAUGUUUAAAAGAAUGUCGUCAUCAUGUCCGCAGCUCUCAUCUAACCAACCAGAAGAACACGAAUAUUGUUUACUAUCUCCAUCAGAUAUUCCCCUUCCGUCUUUACCUCCACUAUUCUCAGACUGUCUUUCCAAUAUAUACACAAGUGAUCCCCCACUUCCUCCAGGCUCACCCCCUACGUCAGCAACAAUGCUAGUUUCUCCCAGACAAGUCCCAAAAUAUAGCCCGAGCCUAAAAUCUCCAUCUGCUACUCCCAUUCCAUCUCCAUCUGCUAUUCCCAUUCCAUCUGCUACUCCUAUUCCAUCUCCAUCUGCUAUUCCCAUUCCAUCUGCUAUUCCCAUUCCAUCUGCUAGUCCCAUUCCAUCUCCAUCUACUAGUCCCCUUCCAUCCCCUACUGCAUCAGUCUCACCUAGCCAUUCCCGAAUCUCCAGCCAUGGUACACGAUCUCCGGCUGGUAGUCCCCAUUCUUCCCCCGCUCCGGAGUUUACUAUCGGGCACCGACGUGGCCCUCGGACCCCGGAAGACAGCCCUCGUCAUUCCCCCCAUAGUCCUCGAUCGCCUUCGGACAGUCCUGAGACAAGUGAAAUGCCAAAACACAGUCGUGAUUCUCGAUCUUCUUCAAGCUCACCUACCCCAACACUCCCACCUAGAAAAGACAAUCGUGGUUCACUUACUCCAAUAGGAAGCCCCCCUCUGUCUCCCGUUUCGGCGAGCUCCUCAACCGGAUGGAGCCGCGGUCCUCGAACCCCGCCUGGCAGUCCACCUUCCUCUCCCACACAGGCAGUCUCGCCUGAAAUUCAGACACAGCACGAUACUCGGUCCUCGUCAAAUUCACCAUCACCAUCCGAAACCCCGACAUCCCCACCUAGUCAACCCAAUACAGAUAAUUGUAGUCCACGUGAUUUUCCUUUCAUCCCUCUUCCGAGUUUCGCGUCUGAACAUCAGCAAGGAUACAACCGCGAUCGUCGAUCCCCUUCGGGCUCACCCUUUCCAUCUGCAACCCCCACAUCCCCUCCUAGUCAACCUAAUUUAGCCAAUAAUAGUCCACGCCCUCAGUCAUGUGGUACUCCUGUAUCUCCUCCGAGUUUCGCGUCUGAACAUCGGCAAAGACACGACCGCAACCCUCAAUCACCUUCGGGCUCACCGUCUCAAUCCGUAACCCCGACAUCCCCACCUAGUCAACCCAAUACAGACAAUAAUAGUCCACGCUCUCUUUCAUGUGGUACUCCUGUAUCUCCUCCGAGUUUCGCGUCUGAACAUCAGCAAGGAUACAACCGCGAUCGUCGAUCCCCUUCGGGCUCACCCUUUCCAUCUGCAACCCCCACAUCCCCUCCUAGUCAACCUAAUUUAGCCAAUAAUAGUCCACGCCCUCAGUCAUGUGGUACUCCUGUAUCUCCUCCGAGUUUCGCGUCUGAACAUCGGCAAAGACACGACCGCAACCCUCAAUCACCUUCGGGCUCACCGUCUCAAUCCGUAACCCCGACAUCGCCACCUAGUCAACCCAAUACAGACAAUAAUAGUCCACGCUCUCUUUCAUGUGGUACUCUUUUGUCUCCUCCUCCGAGUUUCGCGUCUGAACCUCAGCAAAGAUCCAACUGCGACCCUCAAUCCCCUUCGGGUUCACCCUCUCUAUCUGCAACCCCCACAUCCCCUCCUAGUCAAUCCAAUUUAGCCAAUAAUAGUCCACGCCCUCAGUCAUGUGGUACUCCUGUAUCUCCUCCGAGUUUCGCGUCUGAACAUCGGCAAAGACACGACCGCAACCCUCAAUCACCUUCGGGCUCACCGUCUCAAUCCGUAACCCCGACAUCCCCACCUAGUCAACCCAAUACAGACAAUAAUAGUCCACGCUCUCUUUCAUGUGGUACUCUUUUGUCUCCUCCUCCGAGUUUCGCGUCUGAACCUCAGCAAAGAUCCAACUGCGACCCUCAAUCCCCUUCGGGUUCACCCUCUCUAUCUGCAACCCCCACAUCCCCUCCUAGUCAAUCCAAUUUAGCCAAUAAUAGUCCACGCCCUCAGUCAUGUGGUACUCCUGUAUCUCCUCCGAGUUUCGCGUCUGAACAUCAGCAAAGACACGACCGCAACCCUCAAUCACCUUCGGGCUCACCGUCUCAAUCCGUAACCCCGACAUCCCCACCUAGUCAACCCAAUACAGACAAUAAUAGUCCACGCUCUCUUUCAUGUGGUACUCUUUUGUCUCCUCCUCCGAGUUUCGCGUCUGAACCUCAGCAAAGAUCCAACUGCGACCCUCAAUCCCCUUCGGGUUCACCCUCUCUAUCUGCAACCCCCACAUCCCCUCCUAGUCAAUCCAAUUUAGCCAAUAAUAGUCCACGCCCUCAGUCAUGUGGUACUCCUGUAUCUCCUCCGAGUUUCGCGUCUGAACAUCGGCAAAGACACGACCGCAACCCUCAAUCACCUUCGGGCUCACCGUCUCAAUCCGUAACCCCGACAUCGCCACCUAGUCAACCCAAUACAGACAAUAAUAGUCCACGCUCUCUUUCAUGUGGUACUCCUGUGUCUCCUCCUCCGAGUUUAUCCGAAAACCCUCGAUUACCUUUGAGCUCACCAUCUCCAUCUGCAGCCCCGACCUCCACACCUAUUCAACUCAAUGAAGAUAAUAAUAGUCCAGGCCUUCUUUCACGUGGUACUCUUUUGCCUCCGCCUCCGGGUUUCGAGUCUGACCAUCGGCAAAAAUACAACCGUGACGCUCGAUCACCUUCGGGCUCACCGUCUCAAGCCGUAACACCGACAUCCCCACCUAGUCAACCCAAUACAGACAAUAAUAGUCCACGCUCUCUUUCAUGUGAUAUUCUUUUGCCUCCUCCUCCGAGUUUCGCGUCUGAACCUCGGCAAAGAUCCAACUGCGAUCCUCGAACUCCUUCAAGCCUGCCCUCUGCAUCUGCAACCCCGACAUCCCCACCUUGUCAGUCCAAUAUAGACAAUAAUAAUCCACGUCCUCUGUCAUUUGGUACUCCUUCGUCUCCUACACCGAGUUUCGCAUCUGAACAUCGACAAAGAUACAAUCGCGAUCCUCGAUCCCCCUCAAGCCCGCCUUCUCCAUCUGCAACCCCGACAUCUCCACCUAUACCCACACCAUCGAAGUCAGUGGUUUCGAUAAUCGUAUCUGAGUACCCUCAAAAACACAAACGUCCAUUCCCGUCACGCUCAUCAGCAUUAACUGAAACCCAUGACACAAGAGUUAGUCCUCAACAUCCUUCGGACAUAUCUACUCCAGUCCCGAUAAUCUUGUCUAGAUACUCGCGUAAACACAGGCGUGCAUCACGUACAUCUACGCUCUCAUCAACUGAAAUCAGAACUUUAAACUUUACCAAUCAAAAUGAAACCCACAGAUAUAGUCCUCAAUACCCUUCAGACACAGAACCUACGCCCCCUGCUAUGCUAGUUUUAUCCAGAUUCCCCCAAAAAUAUACCAAGAAAUCUACAUUGCUCUCUAUAAGUCCGUUCGAAUUCGCAGACUGUUUACCCAGACACAGUUUCAAUACUAGAUCUUCUUCCUGCUCACCAAUCCCAAUUGAAACCCCAGAACAGUUACUCCAGUCGAAUAAUCCAUCUACUUCUGCGGUUAAAAAAUACAAACGCCGUUCUCGGUUCUCUUCGAGCUCACUAUUGCCUACAGAAACCCAAGAACAGUUACCCGAACUCGUCCAAGAACACGGACGUAGUCCUAACUACCCUUCGGACUCAUCAUCUUCUUCCACGUUUGCCGUAAUCCUAUCUGAUUCCCCUCAACAACACAGACCCCAUUCGCGAUCUAAGUCCCGCACACCAUCUCCAGCCAAAACCCCAGAACAGUUGCCCGAACAGAACAGUUCUAACUACUCUUCGGAGACGCCAUCAUCAUCCGCUGUUGGUGUGAUCGUAUCUGGAUGCUCCCCAGAUUACAGACGCCAAUCUCCAUAUAUUUCGCGCUCACCGUCUCCAACCAAAACUCCAGAACAGUUACUAAAACAUUCGGACACACCACCUUCCGCGGUUGCUGUAAUCGUAUCUAAAUACCCUCAAAAAGACAGACGUAGUCCUCAACAGUUUUUGGAUACACCAUCUCCUUCCGAAGUUUCUGUGAUCGUAUCUGAAAACCCUCAAAUACACAGACCGCGUUCUCAGUCCUCUCACUCACCAUCACCAACGGAAACCACAAAACUGUUAUCUACCGACCUUCAAAAAGACAAACCUAGCCUUGAACAACCUUUGGAUACACCAUCUCCUUCGGUAAUCUUUUUCAGGCAAUGCGAAACACAUAAACGCGACUCUCGCUCAUCAUCGCGCUCAGAAUCUCCAAACGAAAACCCAGAAUAUUUACCCAGACGCCUCAAAAAACAGCCUGAUCUUCAACAAUCUUCUCACUCACCCUCAUCGUCAAUUCCAGCGACCUCACCCGGAGUCCUCCAGACAAUUAGACGCGAUUCCCAAUCAUUGUCGGGUACACUCGUUUCGUCAGCGAUCUCACCUGGUAUGCUAGAAAGACUCAGGCGUGAUUCUGAAUCUUCGUUAAGUAUAGCAUGUGCAUCUGCAACACCAGCUAUAUCACCCGGACUCUUCCAAAGACACGACUCCCAAUCCCCUUCGGGCACAACUCACGGGUCCUCACCGCCGGCUAUUUCACCUAGACACCUUGAAAGAAUCAGACGCGACUCUGAAUCACCCUCGAGCACAUUUUAUACGCCUGCACCACAGUCUACCUCAUCCGGAUACCUUAGAAAUGUCAGACGGGAAUCCCAACUUCCUUCUGGCCCAUCUAGUACAUUCGAACCACAGGCUACGUCACACGGACUUCUUCAAAUAUUCAGAGGCGACUCUCAGUCGUCUUCGGGCACAACUUUUACAUCCAAAACACAAACUAUCUUACCCGGACGUGUUCAAUCCAGACGCGACUCUCAACCCUCUUCUAGUACACCACAGAUGAUCUCACCUGAACAUCCCCAAAUUCUCAGACGCAACUCUCAAUCGUCUUCGGGUACACCACAGGUAAUGUCACCACAGGCAGUCUCCUUUAGGCACCUUGAAAGACUCAGACGCAACUCUGAAUCACCUUCAAGCACACUUAAUAUGUCUACACCACAGGCUACUUCACCUAGACACCUUGAAAGACUCAGACGCGACUCUGAAUCACCUUCGAGCACAGUUUAUACGUCUACACCACAGGCUACCUCACCCGUAAACCUUCGUAGUUUCAGACGUGACUCUCAACCUCCUUCUGACACAUCUUAUGCGUCCGAACUACAGGCAACGCCACCCGGACUUCUUAAGAUACUCAGACGCAACUCUCAACAGUCUUUGGGUACACCAUAUUCGUCCGCACCACAGGCAAUCUCACCUGUACACCUUGAAAGACUCAGACGCGACUCUGAAUUACCUUCGAGCACACUUAGUACGUCACCCGAACUGCACCACAGUCCGGCACCACAGUCACCCGAACUUCUUCAAAUCCUUAGACGCGACUCUCAGUCAUCUUUGGGCACAGCUUUUACAUCAGAAACGCAAUUUAUAUCACCCGGAUACCUUCAAAUAUCCAGACGUGACUCUCAACCCCCUACGGGAACACCCCAUAGAUCCACACCUCCGGCAAUCUCACCCGAACACCUCGAAAUGCGCAGACGCAACUCUCAAUCUUCUUCAGACAGACCUGAUACGUCCGCACCUUUGGUAAUCUUACCCGAACAGGUGAGAAUCGCGUCUGAUCACUUGGAGGUCCAAAUGAUCAGACGCGAUUCUCAAUCGUCUUCGGGAAGACCAGAUACAUCAGAACCAUCACCAAUCUCACCUGAACACCUCCUAAUGCUUAGGCGUGACUCUCAACCAUCCUCGAGCAGUCCCCGUAUGUCAGCACCACCACCAAUCUCACCUGAAUACCUCCGAAUGCUCAGACGCGACUCUCAACCAUCUUCAAGUAGACCUUAUACAUCAAAUCCACCGAAAAUCUUACCCGGACGCAUUCAAAUGCAGAGACGCUACUCUCAACCGUCUUUGAGCAGACCUCAUACGUCAGCACCACCACCAAUCUCACCUGAACACGUCCAAAUGCUCAGACGCGACUCUCAACCAUCUUCAGGCAGUCCUCACACGUCACAUCCAUCAACUAUCUCACCCGGAUGCGUUCAAAUGCAAAGACGCAACUCUCAGUCGUAUUCAGGUAGACCAGAUACGUCAGUACCACCACACACUUCACCUGAACACUUCCAAAUGCCUAGACGCGACUUUCAAUCAUCUUCGGGCCGACCUUACACGUCCGCACAAUCGACCAUAUCACCCGAAUACCUCCAAAUGCUCAGACGCGACUCUGAACCAUAUUCAGGCAGUCUUCAUACGUCAGAUCCACUGACUAUCUCACCCGGACGCAUUCAAAUGCAAAGACGCAACUCUCAGUCGUCUUCAGGUAGACCAGAUACGUCAGUACCAUCACAAAUCUCACCUGAACACCUCCAAAUGCCUAGACGCGACUUUCAAUCCUCUUCGGGUAGACCUGAUACGUCAGCACCGACGACUAUCUCACCCAAACGCCCCCAAAUGCCCACACGCGACUCUCAACCAUCUUCAAAUAGUCCUUUUACAUCAGAUCCACCCAAAAUCUUACCCGGACGCAUUCAAAUGCAGAGACGCUACUCUCAACCGUUUUCAAGCAGACCUCAUACGUCAACACCACCACCAAUCUCACCUGAACACCUCCGAUUGCACAGACGCGACUCUCAACCAUCUUCGGGAAGCCCAGAUACGUCAGUACCAUCAUCAAUCUCACCUGAAUACCUGCAAAUGCUUAGACGAGACUCUCAGUCGUCUUCGAGCAGACCGCAUACGAUAGCACCACCGACAAUAUCACCUGAACACCUCCAAAUGUUCAGACGCGACUCUCAACCAUCUUCGGGUAAACCUCAUACGUCAGAUCCAUCUACUAUCUCACCCGGACGCAUUCAAAUGCAGAGACGUUACUCACAGUUGUCCUCGGGAAGACCAGAUACGUCAUUCUCAUACAUCCGUACCAUCGGCUAUAUCACCCGAACACCCCCAAAUGCUCAGACGAAACCUUCGAUCCUCGUCUGGCUUGACCUCGGCGACGACCCCAAUGUACCCACCUGGACCGCAACCUCGAAGACGAGACCCGCAGACCCCAUCGGGCUCUCGACCUCAGACCUCAAUACGCUCGAAUUUGAGACCUCGUAA